GUAGGGCUGGAUGCCGGACAGGCCGGGCUCAUUACCGGGGCCGGGCUCAUUACCGGGGGGCCGGGCUGCCCCCGCCGGCACCGCCCCGUCCCGUCCCAUCGCGGCUGUUUACAGGUCCGGCGGGUUGCGUCGCUCUGCGCUCCGCAAUGUGGCCGCUGUGGGGACUGGACCUGAACCGGGUGCGCUGUGACCUGCUCUUCACAGAGGCCAUCAACCAGAGGAUGCAGGUUCCCAGCAGGCUGAAGGUGGCAGAGAGCUGCAGCCCUGGGGACAGGAGGACAGUGACAGAGGAUGUCCCUGCAUCCUUUCGGAUGCACAUCCCUGAUAGGAUUUCUCUGGCAGAGGUAUCAGACACCGGUUUGAGGCCAGUCCUGCUGACCCAGCCAAGGAAGGUCCCCUCUGUUGUGGUGCACGUGUCCCCAGACCCCUCUGGGGACGUCCCUUUCCUGCCCCCAGCCAGCAGAGCCAGCGCCCAGCGACGCAAGCGAUCGGGCCAUCACAGCAGCAGGUCACGGAGGGACAGGACCCCGAGUGACAGUGCCCAGCUGGCCUUGCACAGCCCAGGACAGCACCAUGAGGGGCCAGACUCCUGUCCCCUGCCUGCUCCCAGUGCCCCAGUCCCCCUCUUCACAGAGGCAGGCAGGAUCUACUCCAUGCAGAACAUCUUCCAGACCAUGUACCUCCUGGGCCAGGUGCUCUUCCACCGUGUCCAGGACUCUCUGCGGGACCCGGCGCCGUCCAGCUCCCAGGAGCCCAUCCCAGCUGCAGAGAGCCCCUCGGAGGAGGCUGGGGUGACAGAGGUGGCAGCAAUGAGAAGGCAGCUGGCCAGGAUCUCGGGGAGGCUGCGUGUGCUGGAGGAGCAGUGCCACGCCUGGAGACAGAAGGAGGCCCUGGUGUACUCUGUGAUGAUCUCUGCUUGCCUCAUCAACACGUGGCUCUGGCUCAGAAGAUGACAGCCCGUACCCAACCUCCCCUGCUCACCUGGCUGGGUGGCUGAGGGCAGGGAGAGGAGCAUUGUUCAUGUACUUGCCAGCACUGAAACUCUGUUUUCUUGACUAGGACUGCUUUUUGCACUGUGGGCCCUCAAGAAUGUGUGUCCUUCGGGCCUUGGUGACAGUGAGGGUGUGAGAAGCUGCUGUGAAGAGCUGAGGUCUCCAGAGAUCUUGGUGGCUGGCACAGGAGGUGUCUGUUCUGUGCAGUUGCCCUCAGGCUGCCAGAGGAGAUGCAAACCCGAGGGGCUGGGUGUGUGUGGGUGUGGGGUCCUGUCACAGUCACAGCCUGGCCACAUCCCACCUUGGAGAUCUCAGCUCUGACCCCAUAAAAGUUCUCAGCUAACUGCUAUGGUGUAUUCCUCACCUUCUGUAGAGUGACUGAGUGUUUCUAAACUUCUGCUGGGUUCUCUUCUCUUCCUUGUGCAACUGCUGUUUGGUGCAGGUGGUGCUGCCAGCCUCCUGUGCCACAGCCCCUCUUCCAGGAGUGGAGCUGGAGGAGCCGGGAGCUCCCAUCCCUGCAGCCACAGCAGGUUUGCAGAUAUGUAAGAGCCUUGCUGACAUCUGGGCUUACCCGGGCCUUGGCUCUUUCCCAGAGAGAUUUACAUGGGAAACCUGCCCAUGGUGCCUCUCUGGAUUUUAAAACCUCAGAGCAACAGCAGUAGCAUCAAACAGGUCAGGGAAGGUAGGUAUUUGUUAGGCUCCCCGUGGCAGAGGGGAGUGGAGGAAUGUCUCUCUCAGGUCUUGCUGCCAAGCUGCAACUUCAGUGAUGGUGCAAGAACAUGGGUGAGGGGAAUUCCUGACCCAGAUGCUCUUCAGCUGUGAACAAGCUCAGUUUAACAGCUUUUCUGUUUGUUCCCUUCUCCAGAGUUUAUUAACACUUGAUUCUGAGGUGACUUUGAGAUGUUUUUGGCGGUUCAUCCUGCACAUCUGCUGGAGUUGUGCAUGCAGGCCCUGGGGGCAGGUUUUGGCAAGGUUUAACAGGACCUCUCUGUGUCACCUGUACCUAAUUAUAGCUGGAUCUACAUGUCAUCCAGAUGUCCCAAUAGCUUAUUUACAGACUUCAGUGCUCGGGUGUUUUCUGCUUGACACCGCAUCAAGCGCCGUGACUGUAAAUCUGGCAGCUGGGCAGUGGCUGAUAAAUAACUGUCCCCAAGUAAUUGCAGCUCUGAGCCUGUGGCUGAUUGCUGAGCUGAGGAGAGUGCUGGGAUCUGCUGCACACCUGAGCCAGGGUGGUGUGCUGGGCUCGGUGUGCUGUGCUGUGGCAGGGGGAUGUGCAGGGCUCCUGUGGCUUGUGGGCAGGGUCACCAGAACCCCUUGCCCACUGUUCUGUUUGAGGGGGUGUGAGUCGGGCCAGGAAAUGAGGUGAAUUGUCUGGUUUCUCUCCUUUGAGAGGUGUUAAUGUGUUGUGGAGGAAGCUUGUGUUUGGGGUUUAUUUUAGGGUGAGAAGGGAUGACUUUGGGAAGGCAUACCACCUUCAAAGUGUGGCUUGAAGGUGUUUGGAGGAGAGGUGGCCAAACAGGAUGUGUUCUCAUGGGCUAGUUACCGGCAGGUUGUGGAAGAUAUGACUUCUUUGUAAGGCAUAAAUGCUGGUGUAAAUCUGGAAACACUGACCACAAAAUGCGUACUUUAAUAAACUCUGUUCUGGACGUGUUUA